UUACUCGUCACAAGAAAGGAUUUAUGCUAAAUAUUAUUUUGAGUAACUACCAAUAGUGUCCACUGCCGUUAAUGUAGUUAUUAGGUUGUUUAUUGCUGUUUUUGUAAUCCUUCCAUUAAAAAGAGAGUAAAAAAUACGCAGUGGCGAAGAUAAGACCAUGGAAAAACCGUGGAAACAUACAAACAAAAUCCAGAGGCAUGAUGCGAUCCAGGGGUAGAAAGGGGGAAACGCUCUCCCAAUUUGGGCAACAAGUCAGGGGAAAACUGGCACAGUAUAACGAACACAGAUAGUAUGAUAAAAAGAAGAAGAAAAAAUACCCAGGGUUAAAAUGGGUUGUUGUUAUCUGAAGAAUCCAGACAAAUCCCCCCCCCCCAUCAGCCAUAUAAACCAAUGAGUCCCUAUGGCCACGUUCAAUUAUUAAUACUCGGUUUAAACAUGGAGGUAGAAUUCCAUGAUGGUGUAAACAGCUGACAUACAAUGUUUCGCGGCACUAUUAUUAAUAUGAAUUAAUAAAGACCACUAACAGCUACGGUUGCUUGAUCACACAUCCUGUGUAUUUCGUAGAACGAUGUCGUCCAUUUAGCGAGUGGUUUAUUUGGUAUGCAUUUUUAUUCUACAGAAAUGGAUAUUAGCAAAUGAAUACGCUUACAAAAAAAACCGCCGUUAUACCAAUAUUGAUCAAAUAAAAACGGCUGUUCUAUGUAAUAUUUUAAUUUUAGAAAAGGUAUAACAAUACGAGGUGUUCACCUCGAACACGAACACUAACUAAAAAUGAUGCUUGAAAUCUAGUCAUUCUUCAUUGUUCAUUGUUAAGGAAAAUUGCAAGGGUUUUUGUACCAUACAAGGCUCAACUUUUACUGCAGCAAUCACAGUUGGCACAGCAAUACAUAAAACAGCCGUUGAUUCUACAGGUAGGGUCCGUGGUGUGCAAUGAAGCGAUACAACGCUAGCAACGCAUAGUGAAAGCUGUCGUCGCUAACGACGCGGUGUACCAGCGACUGACCUUAACUGUUGCAUUGUCAAUAAUGUAUUAUGUUAGCAGUAAUUUAUUAUGUAUACCAUGGAAAUCCUAUUAGAAUUACCGGUGAUCCUUUAAACCACCCAGUUUCAAAUUUGUGGAUGAAGAUAAUGAUAUUAUUAACAUCUUCCGAGGAAAUUUCAGGAGAAGUUUGUUUCAUCGAAUGUAGCUGUUGAUUGUGCCUUUAUAAUAUUGGAUAUUUGGACUGUAUUUAGCCGUGUAGUGACGACAGGUGUUGGAGUGCUUUAUCAUAGCCGGCAUUGUUCUCGUCAAAAUGGCCGUGUAUUGUGCAUCCGUCCUUGCAAUCAACAUCUGCACUCCAGUCGGACAUCUUUGGUUUCUGUGAUCCAAACAUCAAAUCGUACUCAUGAAAUUAUACAUCAUACUUGGUCAAAAUGAUUGGUGAUAAUGUCAGUAUGAUCUUGAUUGGGCUCCUCGUUCUACAGUUAUCACAACUAGCUCUGAGCCAAGAACAAUCUUUUAUCACCCAGCCUCGAAACACUUUCGCCCUGUUAGGGGAGAGUGCGACGUUCUACUGCCGCAUCGCGGAUAAGAGUGGGCUAGUAUUUUGGUUGAAGGACUCUCAUAUUUUCGCCCGUGAAAAUCAACCCCAGCUCGGGUCUUCAGAGGGUGAGGCACCCCGGGCUAUCUUCGGGAACACUACCCUCGGAGAGUAUAAUUUACAACUGACUGGGGUAGCUAAGAAAGACCAAGGGAGGUACGAGUGCAAAGUAACUUCAUCUGUCGGUGCACAAUCGAACUUAACAUCUCAGCCAGCCCUGCUCAACGUCGUAGACUUUCCAGUGGAGGAGUUUCCCGUAUGUGUGCUGAGUAUCCACGACGCUCUAACGGAAGGAGACGUGGUCGAGUUGACUUGUGCGUACCUCAAUAACUCGACCACUCGGCCUGCUUUGAGCUGGGAGCGACUGGACACACCAGCUUUGUUGUCUAACACCAAGCAAGUUUACCGAGACGGAUACUUCAUAAGGCGGCAUACCAUAACACUAACUUACGGGGAUGACAUGUCUAAUUAUCAGUGUAUAGCAUCCACACCCGGUAGGGAUACACGCUCAUGCACAACGGGUGUCUUAGAUGUACAGCAUCGUCCCAUUGUCUCAAUCACCCCAACCGUCUUAUUAGCAAAGACAGGAGACAAUGCUCGCUUCUCCUGCCGUACAAGCGCUGCUAACCCCUCCCCUGUUUCCUACCAGUGGUACUACCGCGGCAACGCAGUGAACGCACUAUCCGACGGUAUUGACUUGUUAGAGAAUGCAGAAGGAGACCCAGAAAUUCUCAUCAGUAACUUGGUCGUUCCAACGGGUGAAGUAUCCGUGAUAUGUGAGGUCACAAAUACCGUUGGUUCCAGCAGAGCGGUAAGUCUUAUCAGACAAGAGGACGCAGCGUUAGUGUAUAUAACACAGGAGGAACUUUUACUGUGGUUAAUUCCUUGCUCUGUGAUAGUCACCCUUGUUCUCUUACUCCUCUUUAUUGCAAUCAUGACCCUUGACCUCUGCCCGUGUUGCCGGACAUGUUGCAACAAGAAAGGAGGGCGGCGACGCGUUUUAUCCCCUAAUAGUUUGAACAGCACCUGGUCAGCGGCCGAAAACUACGGCAUGUCCCCCUCCCCUACCAGAUCACGUCGUCUCAGUGAACCUGACUCUACGGACUUCUACGUCACGAGAGCGAUACGAACGCCGCCCCCUGUUGACCAAACUCUGAACACCUCUCAUCAUAACUCGAGCGGUGAGAGCCGUCCGCACUCUAAGCACACCCCCUCGCCAAACUAUCGCACUCCAUCGUCGAACUACCGUACAACUUCCCCUAACUUUUACCAAUCCACGCCCAACGGUAGGCUAGAAACGGAUAGGAUAAGGCCAGAGGAAACAACCGGACACCAGCAGUACCAACAGCGUCGAACGCGCAACAGAGACCAUUUCCGGCGAGGUGGAAGCCCGCCAAGUGCCGGUAUGAAUCGAAGCAACAGCCACGCCGAAUACUCGGAGGUUCAAACUCCUACUCGGAACUCUGGACUUUCUGAUUCGGGUUUGGACUUUGCCGCGUCGUCAUCGAUGGACUCCCGAAGUCCGACCCCACGAGGAGAACGACUGGUGUACGCUCAAAUAGUGCGGAAUAGAGGGGACGAGUCGCGUGAGGCGCCGUCCAGGCAAGGACCACCGUCUCCCGGUGCGCCCUCUGCUGCUGGCAACCCACUACCUACAAGCUCAACAUCUAACCACCGUUCGACACUCGAAGUGCCUGAACACGGUAUGCACCGUGCUCGCUCGGUUGAACUACCACCGAUGUAAAUAAUAACUGUUGAAUUCAAAGUAUAAGAGCAAGUUCGAGUGAGGCACUAUAGUCGACCAUUGGUUGAUUUUGCCUGGUACCC